AUGAGACUUGACUACUUAUUUUUAGUAUUAGCAUUUGCAUUUAAAAUUAAUGCAGAUGAUACCAUUAAACUAGAUGGAUACAACAAGCCAGAAGAAAAGAAAAUGAAGGAAUAUUGUAGGAAGCCUACUUCUGGGGAGUAUACUUUAAUGUCUGAUGUUUCCACAAGUUCAUUAGGCUUUGAAGGUACAGAUGGUGGGAGUAUUUUAUAUGCAGUAUUUGACAACAAUUGUAAUCUUAAAGGUUUUGCUGGGAGACCGGCAGGCCUGACACCCUGGACAAUACCUAAAGAAGAAUUUGGAGGAACUAAUGAUAUCGUCAUAACAGAUGUGUCAUACGGUAGCAUGCGAAACGGAAGAUCAUGGUUAAGAGCUAAUUAUAAAGGGAAGGAUUACGAAGGGGAAAAUUGUGAAGAACACGAUGCAGGCGCACCAAAUAAAACAGCUUUCUACUGUCAGGUAGACUUGGGUUAA